UCACGGGGAGGGCGUGCCCAUAUGUCAUGAUUAGAUCAACUGUACUAAAGCGGUCAGCUGGCUUGGGGGCGCUGGGAGGCGCUUAAUUCAGAUGCGGACUCCCUCUCCGCUCUGAAAGGGACAGGGAAACUAGGUGACAGAGCGUUGAGGGGCCCGGGGCAGGGGGAAGUUGCCAUCGUGACGCGGCCAGCGGGUGAGUUUCGCUUUCAGGUUAGUCGGCGGCGCAGGCGCAGGCGCAGACGUGUUAGCAGCGGCCACUGUGGCUGAAAGCUGCCGAGCGCCGCCUUCUAGUAGCUUUUCCCUGGAUCGGUGGCACCACGGACUUGAGGUCCUCGAUCCUGGCCAGAGACCCGACAGACACCACGAGGGCGGCUUCUCCCGGAUAGAGGGUCGCGGACCUUACGAGAGACGAAAAGGACCCAGGUCGGACCAGACCCUAACCACUGACCCUUGCCAUGGCGGCCUUCGGCCCUGGCAGCCAGAAUGUAACUGAGUAUGUCGUUCGCGUUCCCAAAAAUACAACCAAAAAAUAUAACAUCAUGGCCUUCAAUGCAGCCGAUAAAGUCAACUUUGCUACUUGGAAUCAAGCCCGGCUGGAGCGCGACUUGAGCAACAAGAAGAUUUACCAAGAGGAGGAGAUGCCCGAGUCAGGCGCGGGCAGCGAGUUCAACCGCAAGCUACGGGAGGAGGCUCGGAGGAAGAAGUAUGGCAUCGUCCUCAAGGAGUUCCGGCCUGAGGACCAACCCUGGCUGCUCCGUGUCAAUGGCAAAUCAGGGAGGAAGUUCAAGGGUGUAAAGAAGGGAGGAGUGACAGAGAACACGUCUUACUACAUCUUCACCCAGUGCCCUGACGGAGCCUUUGAGGCUUUCCCUGUGCACAACUGGUACAACUUCACGCCGCUGGCCCGGCACCGCACGCUCACUGCCGAGGAGGCUGAGGAGGAGUGGGAGAGGAGGAACAAAGUCCUGAACCACUUCAGCAUCAUGCAGCAGCGACGGCUCAAGGACCAGGACCAGGAUGAGGAGGAGGAGGAGAAGGAGAAGCGUGGCCGCAAAAAGGCCAGUGAGCUGCGCAUCCACGACUUGGAGGACGACCUGGAGAUGUCCUCUGAUGACAGCGAUGGCAGCGGCGAGGAGGGUGGCAAAGCCCCCAAGGCCAAGAAGAAGGUGCCGAUGACCAAGGCGGGCCGGAAGAAGAAGAAAAAGAAGGGUUCGGAUGAUGAGGCCUUUGAGGACAGUGAUGAUGGGGACUUUGAGGGCCAGGAGGUGGACUACAUGUCUGACGGGUCCAGUUCCGAGGACGAGCUGGAGGGCAAGCCCAAGGUCAUCCAGCAGGAGGAGGGACCCAAGGGUGUGGACGAGCAGAGUGAGAGCAGUGAGAGUGAGGAGGAGAAGCAGCCUGAGGAGGACAAAGUGGAGGAGGAGGAGAAGAAGGCGCCCACACCACAGGAAAAGAAGAGGAGGAGAGAUAGCAGUGACGAGUCAGACAGCUCGGAGGAGAGUGACAUCGACAGUGAGGCCUCCUCGGCACUCUUCAUGGCAAAAAAGAAGACACCCCCCAAAAGGGAGCGGAAGCCAUCGGGGGGCAGCUCUAGGGGCAAUAGCCGGCCAGGCACACCCAGCACAGAUGGUAGCAACACCUCCUCCACCCUGCGGGCGGCUGCCAGCAAGCUGGAGCAGGGGAAGCGGACCAACGAGACGAUGGCAGCCAAGCGGUUACGCCUUGACACAGGGUCCCAGAGCCUGUCCGGGAAGUCGACCCCUCAGCCCCAGUCUGGGAAGUCAACCCCCAGCAGUGGUGAUGUGCAGGUGACUGAGGACGCCGUGCGCCGCUACCUGACGCGGAAGCCCAUGACUACCAAGGACCUGCUGAAAAAGUUUCAGACCAAGAAGACAGGGCUGAGCAGCGAGCAGACGGUGAACGUGCUUGCCCAGAUCCUCAAGCGCCUCAAUCCUGAGCGCAAGAUGAUCAAUGACAAGAUGCACUUCUCUCUCAAGGAGUGACGGGCUGGCCCCCACCUGUCUGCCCAAUAAAUAAACUCUAGUCUCCAGAACUUCAGGGGCUCUUGAAUGCCACA